UGCUUUCUCAGUCAGAAAUGAGAAUGUGGACAGUUUGGUGCUUGGUCUUGUGCUUCUUUGGAGCAAGAGCUGAGAUAACACAAAACUCAAGUCUGGUACUGAAAGAAGAUGAGAGUGCUACCCUGGGAUGCAGUCAAAAUGACAAUCAUUAUUAUAUGUCCUGGUAUCUGCAGCAGCCAGGAAAAGGGCUGCAAUUAAUCUAUUAUUCCAAUGCAGUAAAUCAGGAAUAUAAGGGUGAUAUUCACACUGGAUACGAAGCUAAGCGGAUAAGCCAGGAAUACUUUCGUUUAGAUCUCAUGUCUGUGAAGAAGAACCAUUCAGCUACCUAUUUCUGUGCCUCAAAGUUCCGCAACAGAGAUGUGACUAAUGCAAGAUUGUUUUUUGGCAGUGGGACAAAACUCACAGUACUAGGGAAGAAGAGUGAAAUCAUACCACCGACUGUGGCCAUCUUUUCACCGUCAAAGCAGGAGAUUCAACAGAAGAAUAAGGCCACUCUGGUAUGCCUGGCCUCCGGUUUCUACCCUGAUCACCUCAAUUUAGUCUGGAAGGUGAAUGGCAACAAGAGGACAGAAGGAGUGGGAACAGAUGAGAUUUCCACAUCAAAUGGGAGCACUUACGCAUUGACCAGCAGACUGAGAAUCUCAGCCCAAGAGUGGUUCAACCCUCUGAACCGUUUUGAGUGUAUUGCUGAAUUUUUUCACGAUGGACAGAAAUCAAUACAUAAAUUCAUCCAUGGUGAUACUGGAUGUAUGCUUACUAAAGAGUCCUACUUGCAUUAUGGAAAUUCUAUGAAGCUCACUUACCUCAUUCUGUGUGGCAAAGCCUUCCUCUAUGCAAUUUUGGUGUGUGCUCUGAUGUGGAAAGUCAAGGCUGGUAGCAAGCCAUAUAAAGAAUAAGUGAAUAAUCUCCUCCAUCUCAUCAACAGGAAAACAACAAAUUCCACGUUUUUCUUUUCUGCAGUAGAGUCCAAGCUUCUAAUAUCCUCUUUCUUGAUGGUUCUCUGUUCUCUCCUGUUCUUUCAGCUUUGUUUUAAUCACUGCCAGAUUUCCCAUGGACAUGCAGGGUAAUCUCUAUUCCUAGCUUUAAAACACCUCCUUACUGCUCAGAGGUGUCAGCUUCUUAAAUCAGGAAUAAAGUUUGUGUCACUCCA